AACAGCGCUGCCCAGAAAAUUGGGAUCAUGAAUGUUUUGUUUCAAUUAUGAUGUAAUUUAGAUGAAAUUCAACGGUUUGUACAGAAACGAUUGAAGUGGUCGCUUUUCGAGUUUUCAUUACCGAGACUGAGUUCCAGAAAAAGUCGACUUUUUAAUUUCCGAACGGCCGCAUCUUCGAAACUAUACCGAGCGCCAAAGUUUUGACUUCAGUUCGCGAUCAGCUAACAAAUGCACGAGAGUCCAAUUGAAACUAUAUCGAAAACUAUCGCGAGCCUCUGAAACAAAUAUUCACCUUUUGAUUUUCCUCGAAAAACAGCAGAAGAAAAGUUGCGAAUGGCAUUAUUCAUCGGCAGUGUUUAGAGAACUCGUGAUCGCGCCAGAAUUACAUGAACCCUCUGAUGGUACAGGAAUGGUCGAGCUUAUUGUCGAAAGUUUUUUUGAUGCAACAACACCCGCAGUAUCGUCCAACUUUCAGGAUUUCCAGCAGCUCGUUCACAUGUUGGUAUCGCAAGCGAUCCUCCUCAGAUGACAUCAAGUUUCGCCUCGUGAAGGCAAGGACAGCUGGCGUCAAAAGAAGAAAUCGCCUCCUGAGGAACGUCUACUUUUGCCAUGGCAGAACCUCCGUCGCCCUCAUCUGAGAUGGACCAAUUCUUUUUGUUGAUACACACGAUGACGAUCACGGAGAGUGAUUACGUGGUGGAGGCGCAGUUCUUCCACGCCUUUUCCCGGGAUAUCGCUCACGCCAGGUUGGUGGCGAAGCGGCUGAGGCUGAGGAUCCACCCGCGGCUGAGGGGCAGCAGGAACAAGGCCCGGCUGCAGAGGAUGGACGCCCAGGGGCUGAGGAACUUGAUGAAGAGGAACGCUUCGAACGUGAAGCACCAUUUGAGGGCUAUGCACGUUAACCCGCAAAUUCAAAAUUUGCUUCCACCGAGAGCAGUUGAUGAUGGAACAAACAACGGUGUUGUUAAAAAAGCG